AUAAAUUAUGUAUAAAUUGUGGAAAGCGUAAUAAAAAAAUUCGAAUGUGUGGUGAAAGGUAAAAUUAUAAACCGGUCUUUAGUUUGUAAAAAUAUAACGAAUCCCGUCUGAAGGAGGGGCUGUCAUUUGCUUGAUAUUUCGGAUUCCAGAUACGAUUCUUAGCCUACGGACAGUUUAGCUUGACUAAUGUUUAUGUGAGUUACCCUCAGCACCACAAUAGAUAUCUUUAAAUAGGUCAUGACCACUUCAUUUCAGAUUUAUUGUUAAUCAGUAUUCAGUUUGGUUCAGUAUGAUGAGGUGCAUGAAAUAAAUCGCGAAUCAGCGAAGAGCAGCAAUGGAAAGUGUACUAACCCUCUUUCAAGGAUAUGUUAACUUUUAAUUCCUAUUUCUGUUAAUGUAUAUCUAUGGUUCAGCUGUAAAUGCUGUAAGAUUUGCAUUGCCACCAAGGGAAUUAAGAUGUCUUAACAUGAUACAGAAAUAUGUUCCAGUGCUUCUUUACUCAUAGCCAUUCGUUUCUGUUACAAGAAGUAUGUUUGUAUGAAUGAAGAAAUUACCGUUUCGAGUGUUGGAGAACUUCCGAAAUGCAGUCAAAGUGAGGAGUGAGUAACAGACUGUGGCUGUUUCUUCCACUUAAACUGGGCAAACGCCAGCCCCAGUGUACCAGACAGGAGCGUGCCAUGGUAUUGUAUUCCGUUAAAUACCAGAAGCAUGUGAAGCAACAGGAAGUGAUUAUCAUGAACUUGGAAAGGGAAUUAAAGGCAGCUACGGAGGAAAUUUACAAGCUGAAAACAGAUUAAUGAAACAUUGAUUCAGAAUGGAUGAAAUUGAAUAUAAAUUGAAGAAAAGUAAUGCUAUUUUAGUGGUAAAUGCUAUUUCCAAACUUGUUAAGGCUAUAAAAAGUAAAGGUGCUCCUCAUUCUGGAAAAAUUGAAGAGCUGCCAGAAUUGAUAUUUCUGAAAGAGAGAUGUGAAGAUGCUGAUCCUGUUAUAAAUAUCACAGCUUGUCAGGGAGUUAUAACUCUUGUUGAAACUGGUGUACUGGCAGUGAUACCUACUCUGUCUGGCUUCAUAGCAGCACUUCCCACAGUCAGAAAUUACACUGGAGUAAUAUCAUCUAUUGGAGCUUUGCUCAUCAUUGAUCUUAAAGCAAGGCUCUCUGAAAAUGGAUCAUUCCAGUGUCCAUUCAACCUCCGAUCCCCACAGCAUCCUUUGAUUAGUGUGUUGAAACAGAAUAAAGAUACUUGGUGUGAUGUAUUCAAUAUAAUGCAGUUUAUCUGCGGUCAUAAUGAGGAAAUUGUUGCUCAGAACAGUUUGGAACUACUGCGUCCUGUGUUCUCAUACAUACUGUUUGAUCCAUCCCUGCCACCAAAUUUGCCUAUGGCCUGCCAACAGCAGAUGUGGUUGCUUCUACUUAAAACCUCAUUUUCCUCUGAAACAAAGGAACUUCUAUUUGAAAUAUUGUGUUGGUUUCAGGUUGAAUCUGAGACAGAGAUACUGAGCACAAGCCAUAUGUUCCUGGUGCUAGUAGAAUUUGCUUUACAGAAUGAAGACUCACCUCUGUGUACUGUACUAGCGCCUUUCACAGCAUCAUUAAUCCACCGACUGAUACAUCAUGGUCAUGAUCCUCGAUCCUGUUUAUCAGCCCUUACUCAUCUUCUGGCUGUAAGCCCUGAGACAGGCAGCUGUAUCAUGAUGCUUCUUGCCAAAACUAUCAUCUUAUGUCCUGUAAUCUAUUUGAAGGAUCUAGUCAUCUUUUGCACAUCACUUGUAGAGCUGAAGAUAUGUAAUGCUAUAUCUACCAAGAUGUUUGUGUGUGCAGUGCUGCAGUGGUUAAUUUAUCCUUCUUGUUUGACUGGAGAAGCUCUGCAAACAACCACCAGUAUCCUUACUUGGGUGAACACUACUACUUCAUGGUCAUCUUCCACAGGCCGAAUCUUUGCAAACAGACUCUUCAACCAUCUGUGGAAUACUGACAGUCUGGUUGGUACUGCAAUAGAAAUGUGCAGAUUGGCUGAAACAUGGCAGAGCAAUCCAGCAAUUGUUCUCAUUUGGCUGGAAAGAAUAAAAAAGGUUCCUGAAGUUAUUAAUGAACACCUACAGCUGUUUAUGUCAGCAUUAUUUGUUCACAACUUUGACAAGAAUGAAGUAAAGCAAGAAAGUUUCAAAUUGCUGCUGAAAAUUGUGGAGAAUAAUAAUGAUUUUGCUGCUACUGUCAUGACUCUUAUCCUGUACCAGCUAGCAAAAGAAAAAGAACCAUUUAUACAGCUGGAACUUUUAAGAGGACUAACAAAAAUGGCUGUACAGAAGGAGAAUGUGAAUCUAAUUCUACAUACUCUUGAAUUACUGAGGAAUAAACACAGUAUGAAGACAUUGCUUGUUGAUUUGUAUGUGCGACUUUGGAAAGUGGAAUGUCGCUGUUACCCUUACUUGCAGAAACUGCUCAUGGAGGACCCAAUAUAUGGAAAAGAAUGGAAAUUUGACAUGACUAGAGCUCUUGCUAUUAAAGAAAUCUGUGAAAUUCGGCCUGAGCAGCAUGGUCCAGAAUUGGUGAAGCUGUUGUCUCAGAUUCUGAAUCAGUGUGCAAGUGAACAGGAUGGACAGUCUUCUGCUUUGGCCCUUCAGGGAAUUACAUCUCUUUGCAAUGCAGAGAUUGUCAAUAUUGCCACUACAUGGAGAGCCCUUGCACCACGGUUAUCAAGAGACAAGAGACCAGUUGUAAUUAAAAGUCUUUGUAACUUCUUUGGCUGUGUUCUGAGCAUGCAGUGUUCAGGACAAGAAUAUGACAAACUGGUUUCAGAAGUUGUUAUUAAGCUAUGGAGUUACGUGUCGGCAAAUAAGGAUGUGGAAGUCCUUUCUGCAGCACUGAAUGUACUGUCAAAGGCGGACAUGGGAAAGAUGAGUCUGAAAACAUUGCCUGAAUGUUAUCGGCAGAAAUUGAAACUUCCAGCUUCCUAUGCUAAGACACCUGUAGAUGCUGCACGAAAACCUGAAGAUGUUCUUACUUAUAUUCCAGGUGAAUGCUGGAUCCAAAUGCUGCAGAACUUGGAGCCCAGCGCUCUGGAUGCAGCUGGUGACAUGUUGGCAGAGUGGCUCAGUGUUGAACUGACGUUUUUUCGAAGUGGAAUAAACCGAACAGCUGGUGCACGAGGAGAGCCACCUAAUUACUCUUGCCUUCAUCAUCAUAGCAUAUGUCGUGCCAUUAUUGACUAUCUGCAGAGAUCAUCCCAGAUAACUCCAGAACCUUCAAAAAUCCCAGUAGCUAGGCAGUGUCUAAGAAUACUAAGUCACAAUUUUCCAAGGACCCUUCCCCCACUUAACUGGACAUUCUUGCAAGAGUUUCUUCAAGAACCUGAACUUCGUUAUUACAGCCUUACCAUUGCAACAGUACAGGCCUCAACAUCUGAAUCAGCAAGAAGAGUAAUAGAGAAAUAUCUUAAUACUUUUGACCCUAGUACAGAAAAUGAGAAGAUAAUAAGCCAUUUGUUUAACCAUCUCGGUGAUCUUUGUAAAGGAGUCCCACCUAAUAGUUUGAAGCCUUUUAUUGAAAAAUCAUUAAAUCUGGCUUUAGAAGUCUCACUAGCAUAUGAAGGAGAUGAAGAGAAAGCCCUGCUGAAAGAUCUGCUGUUUCAAAUAAAGGCAACGUUGAAGAGGGAUGAUAUCCAUGAUGCAAAUCGAACGAUGUUGUCACUUCUAGUUGAGGGGUUCCAGGAGAAAUUAGAUGCCAAUAGUAAAUAUUUUGAUGCGUAUGUUGACUGUGUAACUGAGCUAACAUCAAAGUAUUUGGAACGCAUGACGUCUCCUUCAUCGUUUUGGGAGGUGACUCCUGAUAAACUGAGACGAGCUCUCAGGAUUCGAAGUGCUGUAGCAUGUAAAGCUGAUACCGAAGUUCCAUUAGUAUGGCUGAAUGACUGUAUUGAUGCAGCUUUGGACUUAGUAGGGGAACAAACUAGUGUAUUGCAGAACAUUGCAUCUGUAAUGACUUGUGUUCAACAGCAUGAAACAAAUAGUCGCUGGUUAAUGGAGCUCUUAGGACAAAUUGAGAAUGCAGUCAAGAAGAAAACAGAGUCAGACAAUCAGCAGGCACUAGUCUUCCUGUGUGAUGUGUUUCUGCUGACUGUGAUAAUACUGUCUGGAUGUGACUGCUUCGUACCGACACUAGACAGCAUAACAUCAUCACGGGAGAAUAGACUGCUGUUGUUUCCUCAGGCUCUACUCACUCUGCUUGCCAAAGAACAGUGGAAAGCAGUUGCAUUGCAGGUUAUGGAAUGGCUAUACCACGUGCAGAACCUCGGUGUUAUUUCUCCAUUGUAUGCUGAUGCAUUUCGUUGUGGUUUAAUGGCUCUACGACAUGACAGAUAUUUUAAGAUAUCAUCAGUGUGGAUGCGAUUCGUUUCCUGCAAACGGAUGAAGCUCCAAUAACAGCAGUGAAGGAAGUGCGUAUAUAUAUGAGAUUGGAGGUUCUCACAGUGGUGAAGAAUUAGACUGUGGUCUUCUGGGCUGUGACAUCAUGUAGCUGACUGCUGGGUCCAGCAUUAGGAACCUAAUGCCUUCAUCUGAAUUCACAGUAUGAAGGUGGACACAGUAGUUUCUCCUAAAAUGUUGGCAACCACCUACCAGAAUACAAUACCAAAAGAUCACCAUGUAAAAGUAUAUGACACAAACUCCGUCCUAAGUUCAACAAUUUAUUGUAGUUCUUUUGUCUUCUUUUCUUCUACAUUACAUGUU